GCUUCUGCUCACAACAUCUUCUCUCUCUCUCUCUUUCUCUCUGGCAAAUAAAUCCUGGCUGACCUGCGUUUGCGUCCUGUCAAAUCACCUCUUUAUCUGCUCUUCACUUCAUUAUUAGUAUUAUUUCUCUUUUUACUGCUGUUGCUUCUGAAAGUGUUUUACUGUCUACCCUUCUUUUCCUUUCCUUUGCUCUGUUUAUAUUGGUGCUGCUGGUUCUGUUCAUCAUACACACACACUACUGUCCACGCGGGUACGGAAAACCACAACAGAAAGAAAGAAAAAUGCUCACGGAAAGAACUGCCGCCUGUGCACCCAAGGUAGAUGCUGGGGACAGCCAACUGAGCGGUGCGCUUGGCAUCCGCGAAAACACCCUUACAGACGAUCCGCGACUUGCGAGUCCUUUGAAUGCGGAGGCGGCGCGGCUGCGUGCGCUGCGCUCCGAGCCGGUGGUCUUGCGUCUCCGCCACAUCAGCAAGAGCUAUCCGAUCGCCGGGACUGACGACCGGGUGGAAGCCCUGAAGGACAUUACGCUGACAGAACCGGACAGCCCGUCCGAGGGCCACACCGUCGUGACGAACACGGCCUCUAGCGAGGACAGCCUACCCCCGCCGUUUGGCCCCGUUCGGCGUGGCGAGUUUGUGAUGAUUCGGGGCCCCAGCGGCGGUGGUAAGACGACACUGCUGAACAUUGUCGGCACGAUUGAUGCGUGCACGAACGGCACGAUUGAAGUGAACGGCCGCAACAUCGAUAAGGACACCACGGAGAACGUUCUGGCCGACAUCCGGCUGAAGUCGUUGGGGUUUGUAUUUCAGACCUUCAACCUGAUUGCCACCAUGACCGCCGCGGAGAACGUGGAACUACCCAUGACGCUGCUGGGCAAACUGUCGAACAAGGAGAUACGCCUGCGCUCCCGUCAGCUGCUCACCUUGGUCGGCCUACGCAACCGCAUCAACCACCUCCCAUCCGAGCUCAGCGGGGGCGAGCAGCAGCGUGUGACCAUCGCCCGCAGUCUGGCGAAUAACCCGUCCCUCUUGCUGCUGGACGAGCCCACCGGCGACCUUGACACGGCGAACACGAUCGAAAUCAUGGACCUGCUCCUCCGCAUCAACCGCCGCACCAAGACGACGUGCAUUAUGGUCACCCACAACCCGGACAUUGAGUGCUACGCCGACCGCAUCCUGUACGUGAACGACGGCCGUUUCGCCAAAGAGGUGUACAACACCGUGCCGACGUGUCUCAACCUAGAGAAGUACGCGAAAUACUUGACGGAGAAGGAGAAGCUGAUUACGGGGCUGACACACAUCAACGAGAACGCCACGUCGGACGCGGAGGAUGCCGAGACCGUGGAGGCCGGCGGCGCGGCGAUGGUGCGACUCCGCCUCGACCCCUGUGGCAACAGCCCGGUAGUUGGGUCGGUGCAAGGGCCGGGGGCGAACCCGUUGCGGCUGCACAACGGCGGGAAUGACUCACUCAACGAGAAGGACAUCGGUGAGGCACCGCUGCUCCCCCCCUCGCCUGCAACCUCCGGCUUCGGCUCCCUGCGGGCAGGUGAGAACGUGUCGUCGCCAGUGCCGGCGCAAACAAACGCGGCGGGAGGGCUUGCUCCGCCGAACUCCUCCGCGCCGCCGGGGCGGUGGAGAAACGGGCUGCAGUCUGCUGCUGCUGCUGCCGUGCCGCCGUCUCGGCCCUCGCCGCUGACGCCGGUGGUGCACCGAGAGGAAAAGGAGGCAGAAGAGGGUAUGUGA